AUUCCCAUAGUAUCUUUAUUUUGGGAAACCAUAAAAAACGCUCAUGACACGGAGAGGGACGACCAACCAGGCGUAAAGCUAAUAAAAUCAUCUGUGGCGAUAAUCCGCUCUCAAAUUGGCCUCAUUCGGGAAUUGAGAAAAAUUACUCUCAGGCUUUCUUUUUCUCUCACACAUACAUACAUACACACGCACGCGCGCGCACACACACAUCCACCCCACGGCCAACAUUUUUAGACUGCUAUGUCGUGACCGGAGCGAUGCAAAUGUCACACGAUUCGCUGGCUACUGUCAGUCUACGGAACAAAAACGUCAAUGUUUUGGUGGCCUUUGGAUGAAAUUCGCUUCGCGUUGCCCGGCUGCAGCUGUGGAAGGGGGUCGUUAGAGACCCGAGGCUUCAUCGGGGCUCGCUUCAGCACCUGGACAGCUCCCCUCGCAGGGUUCCCCGCUCCGCUCGCCGGGGAAACCCUCGGCUGGGGAGCGGAACCUGGAUCUGGAUCUGGAUCAAGCCUCAUCAAUCUCAGCGAGGAGGAGGCUGCACUUAAAGGGCCGUUAUUUCACCGCUCUGAUAACAAUUACAGCUAAUAUGAUCUUGCCGAGUGACGAUGCUUCUUGCAUUUGAGCUUCAGCCCCUCUUUGGUUUUGCACUGAAAUCCGAGCAGCGGAAGCAGCAGCAGCAGCAACGGCGGCGGUGGUGGUGCUCGUCCAAUGCAAAAGUGCUAAGGAUAGCUGCAGCCUACACACCGUGCGAGCCUGCUGCUGCUUCACUUACAUUGAUCACCGCCGAGAGAGACAUUUCUAUCAGCAAGGGGGCAGCGGGAGGCACAAUUACCCGUCAACAAUGUAAAUCUCACACAGGGUUCAGCAUGAAAGCAGCAUCUCUCAGGUGGGAAGUUGACCUGCAGCACUAAAACAGACAGAAGUGAGUGGAAACCUUUUGACAACCUCCACCACAUCUCUAUCUCCUCCAUCACCCAGGAUCAUGGCUAAUUCUGAUGAAGUGGAGCAGGCAGGUCUGUCAGAUUUGGAGAUCAUCUCCCAGCCGGUGGAGGAUGAGAACCAGUGCUUGGCUCCUCCAGUCCAGCUGGUGAGUUUUGGCUACAGAGAUCUGCCCCUUGCAGCUCUGGACCUCUCCCUGGCUGGCUCACAGCUGCUCUCCAAUGCAGAUGAAGAUGAAAACAGGGAAGGGUCCAACUGGCUGAAGCCGUGCUGUGGGCGUCGAGUGGCCCUGUGGCAGGUCUGUCUGCUCAGUGCUGGCUUCAAUUGCAUCCUGGUGGCCUGCGUUAUCCUGGUGGUGCUUUUCCUGUCUUUGGAGCUGCUCAUAGACACCAAACUCUUACAAUUUUCCAAUGCGUUCCAAUUUGCCAGCAUUAUCCACUGGAUCAGCCUUAUCAUUCUGUCACUCUUCUUCUCAGAGACUGUCUUCAGAAUUGUUGUUCUUGGGAUCUGGGACUACAUAGAAAACAAAGUUGAGGUGUUUGAUGGUGCAGUUAUUGUGCUGUCCCUGGCCCCAAUGGUGGCAUCCACAGUGGCCAAUGGGCCCAGCAGCCCCUGGGACGCCAUCAGCCUCAUCAUCACACUACGCAUUUGGAGGGUCAAGAGGAUCAUUGAUGCGUAUGUGUUACAAGUCAAAGUUGAAAUGGAACUGGAGAUCCAGCAGUGUGAGAAGACCAAGGCUGUGAGAGAGGAGCAGCUGGAGCGUCUCACUCAGAUUUGUCAGGAGCAGGCUUUUGAGAUCAGGCAACUGAGGGCACAUCUGGCCCAGCAGGACCUGGACCUUGCAGCAGAGCGUGAAGCAGCCAUGCAGAUCCACCAUGUUUGGGACAAACAGGGCAGGAAUUUUCAGGUUGUGGAAGGUUUGCCUCCUGGGGAGUCUGACGAUGAGGGUGGUCAGAGAAACCCCAGGGAGCCACAUGUCACUUCAGAUCCAGUUGUACGUGAUGACAUGAACAACUACAUCAGCCAAUAUUACAGUGAAGCAAGCAGCGAUGCUGGGGCUUCUGGCUUAGGUGCGCGGGUCAUCACAACAGCAGCCAUUGACGUUCACCUACCCACCAGUACAAACGUCAUCCAGUCAAAUCCUAUGCUUGCUAUGGAGCGGGUGGGCAGCGCUGUAAGUGAUGCCUCCACCAGCAUAUCACGGUCCAGUGGCAGCCUCACAGCCCGCCCCCACAGCCUGAGUAGCCAUACUCCGGGUUCAUCAAUGACAGACUGCAGCAGCAGCGCAGCUCAGGACUUCAGUCUGAGCUACAGCUCCCAUCGCUGCUGCCCCCCUUCCUUCUCAGGCCAGGACCCCUGCAAGGACCCCAGCAUGGUGGUGCAGGAGCUACUCUCCUCCCUCUCUGAGGACUCCUGCCUUGCUCAAAAGGGCCUAGUAGUAGACCCUGUCAACCUCAAGCUUCCCAGUCCAACUGGCUCAGAAAAUGCCAGCCCCGAACUGGACAACAGAAUAAACAUUUUCAAUCGCAGGAACCAAGAGGAGAGACGGGGCCGGGGAAGGGGUUGUGUGCUGUUGCAGACCAAGCCACUGAUCCACCUGCAGGGCAGCAGCACUGAGCCGUCACUGGAGGAGAAGUACCGGCUACUGGGACCAGCUGACUCACCUCUAGGGCAUAUGUCUGAUACAUAAGCAAGCGUUAUUUACACAGGAACAGAAGCUUUUACUCUUUUUAUUUUUUACUGCCAUCCCAUUUGGCAUAUAUCUGAACUUUUGUGACAGAUCAAACCUCAUGAGAGGGACCACACAAGAUUUGAAAAUUGGAUUCCUCUGUUACUGAGUAAAUCGAGACUUAGCCAAUUCAGAGCAAGCUCAAGCCUUAGCUUCUAGCUAACAGCGAUGCUCCUUGAGUUGUUGUUUUCAGCUGUCAUUAGUAGAAAUUAAAAAUGAUCAUUUUUAGGCCCUUUGGCAUCCUGUCUAACCUCCCCUGUUUCUCCUUAAUAGAUUUUUGAAAUCCAAAAAACCCCAGAUAUAGCACAACAAAGACAAUACCACCCUAUCAAAGGGGCAUCUAAUGUGUUUUUGGACACAUUCUUCAUCAGGAAUUCUCACUUUGAAUAGGUCCUAAAUGCACUGAACUUUACGUGAAUUAAAACCAGCAAAGGGCCAUUCAAGCCUAUACUGAACAAAAACAUAAAUGCUGAGCAGUGUUGCCAUCUUAGACACUGCUCUUGAGAAUUUCAAGCAGUAAAAGGAGUGUUUUCUAUUGCUUUUUGUUGUUGUUCUGUUUCUUUUCAGUUUUAUUUUCAAGUUUAAACAUUAAUUAUGCUGUUCUUUGUUUAAACAGCCACAGGGUAAAUACUGUAAGACUGGCUAAACUAUUGAAAAGCCAAUUUUCUACCUUUGCCUUUUUGUCACCUGUUUGAUUUAAAGACCAUGGACCAUCAUCAAAAUUUAUUAAAUAGCAGUUUUGUUUUCAGAAGUUGUUAGUAGGGUAUAUUUGUGUGGUUGAAAUGAAACGGUAACUGACUGAGCUCUUCACAUGGAACUAGACUGGAGUGCUUGUAGCAUGAACCUUUAAAAGAAAUGUGCCAUAAACGGUGAGCAAAUUCUUUGCACUUUAAUGUUUACAGACACUUUUGUAAACUUCAUAUGGAGGAAGUCAUUGCCAAAUGAAGGUGUUGUCAAUUGAAUGAAAA